AAGAAGUUUAUCUAAAGCAAAAAGAAAAUAUUCAGUUAAUCGAUUAUGUGUCCAGUUGGUUACAUGUGGAUUUGUACCACUGAAUGAAGUGGAUAUUGACAUAAUUGAUAAAUACAUACCACAAGUGGGAUCCUGUUGUAUGCGGAUCGUGUUUUGAGUCGCUUCGUACUCACGGUGGUUUUUUAAAGAGCUGCCUUGAUGCGCAAGAGCAACAUAAAAACAAUAAACAGUCUUACAUUAAAUCUGAAGAGAUGAAUAUAAAUCUGGAAGAUGGUCAAGAUGCGCAGGAGAAAUGUAGAAUUUUUGAUAAGCAGUUUUCUAUUAAAACUAAAGAGAUGGAAAUAAAACUGGAAGAUGGUCAAGAUACGCAGGAUAAAUAUGAAAUCAUCGAUAGACCGUGUUAUAUUAAACCUGAAGAAAUUGAAGUAAAGCUGGAAGAUGGUCAGGAUGAGCAGGAGGGAUAUAAAAAUGUUGACAAUCAGUGUUGUAUCAAAUUUGAAGAGAUUGAAAUCAAGGUAGAAGAUGAUCAGGAGAGCAAUCUCUCUUCAUAUGACUUAGAAGAUGAAAAGAUUGAAAACAAAGGGAGAGGCACUUCAGAAGAUAUAGGUGAAUAUAUGCAAUGUGAUACAGAAUCUGAUGAAAACUAUACAACAUUGGCCCACAACAUCCAAAUACCUGAAAGCAGUGACAUUGACUCGUCAUUAAAUACACAAUUCUAUCAAAGUGAUAAAGAUAAAACUAAACCGAAAAGGAGUCUGAAGAGGCAUCAAUUAACACUUGAAAACGCGUCAAAAGCACAUAUGCACAGGUGCGACACCUGUGGCUUUGAAACGAGUUACAGAACCAGUCUGACUAGACAUCGGUUGGUACAAGAUCCCUCAGAAGUGGGAGCUUACAAGUGCAACAGUUGUAGUUACGAAACCAAAUACAUCAAAUGUCUGAAAGUGCAUCAAUUUUUACACAAACAUCCUUCAAAAGCUAAAAUGUACAAGUGCGAGACGUGUGGCUACGAAACAAAGCAUAAAAGUCACCUGAAAAUGCAUCAGUUAUUGCACAAAGAUCCUUCGGAAGUCCAGAUGUACAAGUGUGAUACUUGCGGUUACGAGACUAAAUAUAAGAAUCACCUAAAAGUGCAUCUUCUCACUCACAAAGAUUCUUCGGAAAUCCAAAUGUUCAAGUGCGAUACUUGCAAUUACGAGACUAAAUAUAGGGGUGUUCUAAACAGGCAUCAGUUAACGCACAAAAAUAUCUCGGAUAUUAAAAUGUACAAGUGUGAUAUAUGUAGCUACGAAACUAAAUAUAGGAAUCACCUGAAAGGGCAUCAGUUGAUGCAUAAGGAUUCUUCCGAAAUCCAAAAGUUCAAGUGUGAUAAGUGUAGUUACGAAUCCAAGUUUAAAAGCAAUCUAAAAGCACAUCAAUCGACACACCAGUAUUCUUUGGAAGUCCAAAAGUACAAGUGUGAUACAUGUAGCUACGAGACCAAGUUUAGGAGCAACCUAACAUCACAUCAGUUGAAACACAAAGACCCUUCGGAAAUCCAAAUGUACAAGUGUGAUGAAUGCAGUUACGAAAGUAAACAAAAGCGUCAUCUGAAAGUGCAUCAACUAAAACACAAAUAUAUUUUAGAAAUCCAAGUUUACAAGUGCGAUAGAUGUGAUCACCAAACUAACAGCAAAAGCAGUUUAAAAACACACCAACUAGUACACAAAGAUUCGUCGGAAAUUGAAAUGUACAGGUGUGACUCAUGUGACUUUGAAACUAAGCAUAAAAAUUGUUUAGGAGUGCAUCGCUCGUCACACAAAGAUUCCUCAGAAAUUGAAAAGUACAAGUGUGAUACUUGUACUUACGAAACCAAGUUUAGAAGCAAUCUAAAAUCGCACCUGUUAAGGCACAAGGAUCCCUCAAAAAUCUAAAUGUACAAGUGCGAGGAAUGUAGUUACGAGAAUAAACAAAAGCGUCAUUUGAAAAUGCAUCAAUUAAAACACAAAGAAAUUGUAGAAUUCGAAACGUAAAAGUGCGACAAGUGUAGUUACGAAACUAAUCGUAAAAGCAGUUUAAACAUUCAUCAGAUAGUGCAUAAGGAUUCGUCGGAAAUCCAAACAUACAAGUGUCACACGUGUAGUUUUGAAACUAAGUUAAAAAACAAUCUAAGAUGGCACCAAUUAAAACACAAAGAUGCUUCAGAAAUUCAAAUGUACAAGUGUGAUGCUUGUGAUUACGAAACUAAAUAUAAGAGUUGUUUAAAAGCUCAUCAAUUAACACAUAAAGAUUUGUCAGAAACCCAAACGCACAAGUCUGAUUAGUGUUGUAAAUGACCGAGAAUAAUGUCACUGUUAUAUUCCAUGUGAUGUAAUUAUUAUAAAAUUAAAGAAAUGUGAAAUAUUUUUAUAUCGUCAAAAGCAUAAAAAUGUUCAUUACUCCCGAGCAUUCUCGGGAACACGCUGAUG